AUGUUAGAGGAGAGGGGACACGUGAGCAAGCGCCGCCCCAUCUGCGGACGCUUCUGCGGACAAGGCAUAAGGUACAGAGACAGCAGUCCGGAAGGCGUGACCCCCACCCCGCCCCACCCCCACCCCGCCCCCUCCCCGAGCUCCUCCACGACCGCCAGCUCGCCCGCGCCCGCUCAAACGCUCCCCCUGAUCACGCCCGCGCCGCCCGCGAUACUGCUCUCGCCCACGGCCACCGUUAUCACUACGCCUACGUCGCUGGUGAAGAAGACGACGCCCUCCACCGCCGGCAGCACGCCCGGGAGCCCGCCCGCGGAGGACACGUCUUGCCCGCCCUCGCCUGCCGGAGGUGACGGCACGGAGGCUCCUGGAGACGAUGACGUCGGCGCCAUUGUGAGUCUUGAGAGCCAUUUUGUGCAGACGCAGUCGUGUGAGGGCGAGGCAGGAGCCGCGCGGAGGGACGAGGACAAGAAGAAGCCCCGCCGACGCCGCACGGCCUUCACGCACGCGCAACUGGCCUACCUGGAAAGGAAGUUCCGCGUGCAGAAGUACCUCAGCGUCGCCGACCGCUCCGACGUCGCCGAGGCCCUCAACCUCUCCGAGACGCAGGUCAAGACGUGGUAUCAGAACCGCAGGACCAAGUGGAAGCGGCAGAAUCAGAUGCGCCUGGAGCAGCUCCGUCAGAGCGCCGGGGUCGGAGUGGAGAAGGAGCUGCUGGGAAGCGCAGGGGGGCGCAGCUCCCCUGUUGACCCCCUGAGCGUGGUGGCUCCGACCUGCUGCCCGCCUUACUUCCUGCCGCCCGUCGACCGGUCCUGCUUCAUCACCACAGCAGGACUCUUCACCAGGUUGCCCUACAGCCCCUCGUGCCACUUGUGA